CCAGCCACCAUAGCUAUGUCCCUGCAACAGAUUCCUCCGUCGCGGGUGUUCGUGGAACUGGUUCCCUGGACUGACCGGAGCCGGGAGAACAAUGCGGUGUCAGGCACAGACACACUCCCUGUCCCCCGUCGCUCUCUGUUCUCAGCGCAGCCCCCAACUACAACCCGCGAGAUGCACGUAAGCGGCACCGCAGAGGUGUCCGCUGGCCCCAACCGGGCGCAGGUGACGGUGCGAGUGAGCAGCACCAAGGAGGCGGCCGCCGAAACCAAAAAGAGCGUUUGCCGUCGUCUAGACUACAUCACGCAGAGCCUCACGCAGCAAGGUCUGCAGCCAGAAAAUGUGACUGUGACAAAGGACUUUAGGAGAGUGGACAAUGCUUAUCACCUGGAAGCAGAGGUCUGCAUUACAUUUACUGAAUUUGGAAAAAUGCAAAAUAUUUGUAACUUUCUUGUUGAAAAACUAGAUAGCUCUGUUGUCAUCAGCCCACCCCAGUUCUAUCAUACUCCAGGUUCUGUUGAGACUCUUCGACGGCAAGCCUUUCUUGUUGCUGUUGAAAAUGCAAGGCUCAAAGCUCAAGAUGUCUGUAACCUUGUUGGCCAAACCCUAGGAAAACCUUUACUAAUCAAAGAGGAAGAAACAAAAGAAUGGGAAGGCCAAACAGAUGAUCACCAGUCAUCCAAACUCUCAAGUUCAUUAACUGUACAACAAAAAAUCAAGAGUGCAACAAUAUAUGCUGCCUCGAAAGUUUUUAUAACUUUCGAGGUAAAGGGGAAAGAGAAGAAAAAAAAGCAUCUUUGAAAUUCCAACCAAAAUAUAAAGUGUUUGCAUCUUUUUUUUUUAUCUAUUUUUAUACUUUUUAUAAUGUUUGCUUUUGUCCUG